AUGAGCGCGUUCGUGGGAGCAUUCAGACCAUCUGCUCGUCUAGGCGGACGCGUCGCCAUCGUGACAGGUGCCUCGCGCGGCAUCGGUAAAGCCAUUGCCCUCCGCAUCGCCCGCGAUGGCUACGAUGUUUGCAUCAAUGACAUCGCCGCCAACCAAGCCGGCUCCGAGGAAGUAGCCAACGAGAUCCGGGGCCUGGGCCGCAAGUCCGUCGUCGCAUCCGCCGACGUCCGCAGUCUAAGCGAGGUGCAAGGCAUGGUCCAGACGGCAGUGAAAGAGCUAGGUCCCCUGAACACAAUGAUCGCCAACGCCGGCAUCGCCCAAGUCAAACCCCUCCUUGACCUUACCGAAGAAGACUUCCUCAACAUGUUCCGCGUCAACGUCUUCGGCGUGCAAAACUGCUACCAGACCGCCGCCAAGCAGCUCAUCGCCCAGGGCAACUGCACGCCCUCCUCCCCCGGCAAACUCAUCGGGUGCUCGUCCAUCGUCGGCUUCCGCCCGUUCGCGCUGCUCUCGCACUACUCGGCCUCGAAGUGGGCCGUCCGCGGGCUGACGCAGGCGUCGGCGAUGGAGUACGCGGAGCACAACAUCACGGUGAACGCGUACGCGCCGGGCAUCGUGGGCACGGCGAUGUGGGACCUGAUUGACGAGAAGCUGGGCGAGAAGACGGGCGCGAAGAAGGGGGACACGAUCAAGAAGUUUACGAACGAUUUGAUUGCGCUGAAGAGGACGAGCGUGCCGGAGGACGUGUCCAAGUUUGUGAGCUUUUUGGCGGGGCCGGAUAGUGAUUAUGUGACGGGGCAGACGCAAAUUGUGGAUGGGGGGAUUAACUUCAGCUGA